AUGUCGUUCCUUCAGAAUUUCAAUACUCCGAGCUUAAGAACUACCAGAGGGUUUAGACUCAAGCAGUCAUCACCAAUCUCAAGUCCUCAGCCUAUUUCAAGUUCUACUUUCCCAACAUCUCCCAAUAGAUAUCCUGCGGACCAGCAACCUCAACCAUACCAAACCAUCAAUUUACAAAACGAUGGAAGGAAUGUGAGCUCUCAUAAAGAUAUUAGAAGCUUUGCAGAACAAACCCUAGGUUCUCAAAAUGCAUUGUACCAGGCAGUGAAGUUGCCUCAAGACGAAGAUAUCAACGAAUGGUUGGCUGUUCAUGUAGUGGACUUUUACAAUCAAAUCAAUAUGUUGUAUGGAACCAUCACAGAAUUUUGUUCACCCAAAACUUGUCCCAGAAUGAUUGCUACAGAAGAGUACGAGUAUUUAUGGCAGGAAACAAAUCCAACAAUGAACGGGCUGUCCUCCCCUAAGAGACCGGUGUCAUUACCUGCUUGUGAAUACAUUGAGAAUUUGAUGAACUGGAUCCAAGGAUUCUUCGAUAAUGAUAACAUCUUCCCUUCAAAGAUGGGUGCUCCAUUCCCACAGCAAUUCCCUACUUUAGUGAAGACCAUUUUCAAGAGGCUAUUCAGAAUUUAUGCCCAUAUAUACUGUCAUCACUUCCAUGAGAUUACAGAGUUGGGAUUACAGUCUCACUUAAACACCAGUCUAAAGCAUUAUGUUUUGUUCAGUAAAGAGUUCGACUUGAUCCAAACAAAAGACUAUGGUCCAUUAGAGGAUUUAGUUGACCAUAUGUUGAUGAAAAAUUGA